AUGCAAGAAAGGAUGCAGAGUAUUUUGUUUGAACUUAUAAGCUCUCCAAUAGCAUCCCUGACACAACUUUUGCACUAUUUUACAGCAAAGCCAGCCAAUCUUCUUUACUUGCUUCGACAUGUUCGAUUGUUGAUAUGUUUUAGACGAUUUCUGAGAACUGAUGGGGGAAGAACUGGCUUCUACGGACGUCUACAGGAGGAUAAACAGUUGAAAUAUGGACCGGUAGUCAACACGUUAGAGGACAUUGUAACCUACAUCUACAUCCUUCAUAAAAACCUUCAAUUGUCUCCACCGGCAGCGAUGAACGACUUGGACGACGUUGGUGGCCAACUCGGAAGAUACGUGGAAUUUAUUGAGAGCGCUGUAUUGUUUCUCAUUUCAUCAGUGGUCCUGGAAACACAUACGGAAGAAAAUCCUCAUCUUGGUAAGGAACCAAGUGAAUCUAGUCCAAAACGUUUCUUAAUGUUUUAG